AUCGCAGGCAGAGACAUCCCAUUUAUGCUGGGGGUUGUCUGUGAAGCAGAGCAGAGAGCUAGAGAGAGAGCGACAGAGAGACAGAGUGAGAGAGAGUGAAAUCAAAUGCACUCCCUAUAAUGGUUGGUUAAAAGCAGACAUAUUAACAGACGUCCUCACUAAACUGAAUAGAAACGCUUUUUUGUUCUGUUUCUACUUUUUUUUAUUUUUUUAUUUUUUUUACCAGGAUUAUGUUUCUUACGUGUCAAUCUGAAUAUUCUUUUCUCCUGAACACCUGUUGAAGACACAGAGACAUGUUGCUCAGGAGGGGGCGCUGCAACCACAGCCUGUCCUGAAUGUGUGCAGCAGCCAACUAUGUGCUCCCAUUGAGGAGGCACAGUGAGGGCUUGGCGAAUCCUGGCAGGCUGUGUGGGGGGGUAUCGAUGCCCACCCAUGCCCCUGGAGCCCGGUCACAUGGAGCCCCCCACCCACACGACGAAGAGAUGGACUUGGCCUGGCAGGAACUGAUGGCCAUCACUGAGCUUCAGGAGUUUGAGGUCCCACAUGACAGCCCAGAUGAAAAUAUUCAGUACCAUCCCAUGGAGCUGCCCAUCUCUCUGGGAGGUUAUGGCAUGGCUCAGUCUCACUCUCAUACAGAGCCCCUCCCCUGUGGUGGUGCGACAAAUCCUGAUGCUGCUUAUGAGGGAUCCUACUCUAAAGUAAUGCCAGCUUGCCAACAUCAGGCCACCGGGGAAGCAGCAGCAGCAGAGGCACUGUACGGACAUUCUGGAAACCAUUCUGGAGCCCAGCUGAACCCCAGAGUUCUGAACCCUAUACAGCCACCGCUGAUGAGCCUUCUAGAGCAUAUGAGUCUCCCGAGCGUCGGUGGUGAGGGGCUUGUUGGAAACGACAAUGCUGGCCCCUCUCAGGGCCCGGGGCGGUACGUGCUAGGGACAAGUCAUGGGCAGAGCAAACACCCACCAUGCACUGUGGAUGAUCUGGAAUCUGACUCUGGCCUAUCUCUGGGUUCCAGCCCACCACUAGCCUCACCAGAUGAUGCCAUGACUGGUGUCCCUGCUUAUUCAAGCACAGAGGUUGGUCUGAACUAUAGUCAUGGGGAGAUGGAGAAUAUGGGUGAGCAAGGGAGGAGAGCUAGCCUCUUUUACUCUGUGGACUAUCAGCAGCUUCCCAAUAACCCCUACCACUACCCAGGGAUGCACUCCUCUUACUUCCCUGUAACACAACCAUCCCAAAUGCAACCACAGCCUCACUUCCUGCCUCCCAUGUCAAUGAAACAUCAACAUGGUUUACCCAGUGCCUUGAACGACCGGCAUCUUAACAGCUCUGCCACCAGAGAGAGCUCUCCCCAGGCGUUCUAUGAAAAACCCAGAGGUAACCCUCUUCCUGUCCCUCUGAGCCGGGACGAACGCCGAGCCCUCGCCCUCAAGAUCCCUUUCCCUCUAGAGAAGAUCAUCAACCUACCUGUGGACGACUUCAACGAGCUCCUGACAACACAGUACACCCUCACGGACUCCCAGCUCGCCCUCGUCAGGGACAUCCGCCGGCGGGGGAAGAACAAGGUGGCAGCCCAGAACUGCAGGAAGAGGAAGCUGGAGAACAUUGUUUACCUGGAGGGGGAGUUGGGUCAGCUGCAGGCCCAGAGGGAACAUCUGGCCAGGGAGAGGUUGGAGUUCCAACGUAACCUGACUAUUGUUAAACACCGCCUCACAGACUUGUAUGCUGAAGUCUUUUCUCAGCUCCGGGAUGAGGAUGGACAUCCCUACUCUAUAGAGGACUACUCUCUACAGCAGACCCCUGAUGGGAACGUAUACCUGGUACCUCGUAGUGAAGUGUUGGAUGGAGAAUAAUGUAUGAAAUCUAUUGGACAGUUAUUGUAUACUGCCUCAGUUUAUAUACCAAUAUGAAAUUGUUGCUAAAUCUACAGUACAAUAAGUGCCAUUAAGGAUAUUUACAUACAAAACCAUGGAACAGUGUAUGUAGAGAUCAGAUAAAAUGUCAGCUAAAAGGGCACCAUGUUAAACUAAUCAAGCCUGCAUUCAAAAUGGAUCAAAUAUACUGAACAAAAAUAUAAACGCUACAGUUCAAUAUAAGGAAGUCAGUCAAUUGAAUUAAAUGCAUUAGGCCCAAAUCUAUGGAUUUCACAUGACUGGGAAUAGAUAUGCAUCUGUUGGUAACAGCUACCUUCAAUAAAAAUAGGCCUCAGGAUCUCGUCACGGUAUUUCUGUGCAUUCAAAUUGCCAUCGAUAAAAUGCAAUUGUGUUCGUUGUCCGUAGCUUAUGCUUGCCCAUACCAUAACCCCACCACGGGCAUCAGCAAACCAUACACGAGGUCGGUGGUUGUGAGGCCGGUUGCCAAAUUCUCUAAACCAUUGGGGAAGCGGCUUAUGGUAUAGAAAUUAACAUUUAAAUUCUUUAGCAACGGCUAUGGUAGACAUUCCUGCAGUCAGCAUGCCAAUUGCACGCUCCCUCAAAACUUGAGACAUCAAUGGCAUUGUGUUGUGCGACAAAACUGCACAUUUUAGAGUGGCCUUUUAUUGUCCCCAGCACAAGGUGCAUCUGUGUAAAAUUCUGCAGUGUAUUAAUCAUGCCAUUUAAUCAGUUUCUUGAUAUGCCACACCUGUCAGGUGGAUGAAUUAUCUUGGCAGAGGGAAAAUUCUCACUAACAGAAACAAAUUUGUGCACAACAAUUGAGAGAAACAAGCUGUUUGUGUGUAUGGGACAUUUCUGGGAUAUUUUAUUUCAGCUCAGGAAACAUGGGACCAACACUUUGCGUUUAUAUUUUUGUUCAGCUACACAAAAUAACUUAAUGACAGUGAAAACAUGUUUCAAGAAAUGUUUGAAAAUGCAUUGAAAAUUAAAUCUAAUUUGCAUUAGUGUUCACACCCGAGUCAAAACGUGAUAUCCCCUUUGGCAGCAAUUACAGCCGAGUCUUUCUGGGUAAGUCUAAGAGCUUUGCACACCUGGAUUGUACAAUAUUUGCACAUUAUACUUUAAAUUCUUCAAGCUCUGUCAAGUUGGUUAUUGAGCAUUGCGUGACAGCCAUUUUCCCAUCUUGCCAGAUUUAAUUCAAAACUAUGCCACACUGCAACAUUCAAUGAUGUCUUGGUAUAUCAUUAGUGUAUAUUUGGCCCUGUGUUUUAAGUUGUCCUGCUAAAAGGUGAAUGUGUUGCCUGGAAAGCAGACCACCAGGUUUUCCUUUAGGAUUUCGCUGGUGUGUAGCUCUAUUCAGUUUGUUUUCAUCCUGAAAAAUGACCUAGUCCUUGCCGAUGACAAGCAUACCCAUAACAUGCAGGCACCACCACGCUUGAAAAUAUGGUAUUGUAUUUCCCUCGAACAUAACGCUUUGUAUUCAGGGCAGUUAAUUGCUUUGUCACAUUACUUUCGUGCCUUACUGCAAAUAGGAUGCAUGUUUUGGAAAAUGUCUAUACAGGCUUCCUUUUCACUGUCAUUUAGGUUAGUAUUGUGGUGUAACUUAACUGUUGACCCCUCAGUUCUAUCACAGCCAUUAAACUGUUAAUCAGCA